AUUUUCUUCAACUCAAUCAAUUGUUGAUAAGUAAAGCGUUAUUGUGAAUAAUUUAUGAAGGAGCGUAAAAUAUCGCAUUGUAAAUGGUUAAAGGGUAUUUACCCAAUAGGUAUUUACCAUUAUUAUUUUGUUAUAGAAAAUUAUGCAGAUUCAAUAAGAUCGUCAACUAUUGUGAAUUAAAUGUGUUGCACUUUUGACGGAUUUCGCGUGGCAGCACUCCAUGUCAAUUUUCAAUCUUUCUUUUUGUUGUUUGCUGUAGACGUGAGCGCGUGGCUCGGUGUGACUAAUUUCGUAUAAAAGUCGGGAGUCUCGAAUUUUCUUAGUUUUCAGACAUAAAAAACCUAUCGUAAAAAUGAAAAUCUACAAGGAUAUCAUCACCGGCGACGAAAUGUUUGCUGAUACCUAUAAAAUGAAGCUAGUAGAUGAAGUUAUUUACGAAGUUUACGGUAAAUUAGUAAGCCGUUCCCAAGGCGAAAUUAAUAUCGACGGCUUCAACCCAUCGGCUGAAGAAGCUGAUGAGGGCACCGAUUCCGCUGUCGAAUCCGGCGUCGACGUUGUCUUGAAUCACCGUUUACAAGAAUGCUUUGCAUUCGGAGACAAAAAGUCGUUCACACUCUACCUCAAAGACUAUAUGAAGAAGGUUUUGGCCAAAUUGGAACAAAACUCUCCAGACCAGGUUGAUGUUUUCAAAACCAACAUGAACAAGGUAAUGAAGGAAAUUCUUGGCCGAUUCAAAGACUUGCAGUUCUACACUGGCGAAUCAAUGGACUGCGAUGGUAUGGUAGCCAUGUGUGAAUACCGUGAACUCGACGGUGUGAGCACACCCGUUCUCAUGUUCUUCAAGCAUGGACUCGAUGAGGAGAAGUGCUAAAAGGCAAACACCUAACAAAAUCACACCUUUUAUAUAUAAAAUAAUUAUUUUUUGUUUAGUAAAUACCGUUUAGUUGAAAUUGUAAAGAUUUCCUUGACAUAUGGUGCAGAUCAAACACGAAUUUAAGAUGUAUCACUUAUAUUUUUGGUCAAAUUUUGAAUAUUAUAAACUGUAAAACCGUAAUGCUCUUCAGUGUAACUAAAAUCAAUUAUGUAUUUUAAUUUUUUUUUACGAAACAUUAACACUUCUCCAUCAAUGCUGCUUUACUGCACGAUCUGCUAAGUCCGGCGAUGGUAGGUUAAUAAAUGAUUCAACAUUUUGCAGCGUA